AUGGUCCUUCUUUCAUUUCGCUUGUACUUUCUUAUUACUUUUAAUCUAGUUUGUUUUGUAAAAUGUGAUCAAGUAAUAUCUAAUUCGUUUGACUCAACUACAAAUCCUGAUGUUAUUAUUAAAAAUUGUACAAUCGGAGAAUUAUGUGCAAGUACGAUCAAUUCAACUACUGUACAUUAUUAUUCUGUUCAAUAUAAUUUUAAUACAAAAACGGCCAUUCGUUUAACAACAACUAUGAACUAUAAUAUUCACCAGAAUGCUCCGAUUUUAGUUGUUGUUCGGCAAACUCUUGGAGUAGUUUCAUGGACACUUCCAUAUGCAUUUCCGAACGGAAUGCUUUAUACAAGUGUUGCACGGAUAUUAUGUGCCUAUAAUGAAUUAAAUCGUAAUCGAUCACAUACGAGUACUAUUUACAUCGAAAUUUCAACAUCCAAUCCAGAUCUCAUUGAUUAUUCUAUUCAACUAGAUAAUUCAACUGAAUACUCACUUGAAACAGGUGUUCCACGAACAGUUACUGUUUCUCCAUCGAUGCCGAUUUAUUACAAAUUUAUAUUUCCACCUCAAAUUAAUAAUAUUUUUAUUGAAGUUAGUUCCAAAGAUGAACUGUGUGCUGCUGUGUCUGUUCAAUCAUUUGAUUGUCCAGUUUAUGAUGUUGGUGAGAUUGGUUUUAGACAAGGACAUUAUCAAACAAUGUCAAAAAGUGCUUCGUUUAAUAUUUAUUCGAAUGAAUUUACAAAACGAAGCGAAUUUCUUAUUGUUUUUCUUGUUAAACCGACGGAUGUCGAUUGUUUGAAUUCUAAAGAGUCGGCAAUGAUUCAACCAGCCGGUAUUGUUGAUAUUGAACGAAUGAAAAAUGCAACAGUUAUAUUAAGUUCGCCAAAUUAUUCUACUCUUCUUUAUAUAACAAUAUUUAUAACAUUAGGCGUAUUAUUUUGUAUUUAUAUUUUCUCGUUUUUUAUUUUGUGUAAAUAUCCAGAUAUUUAUGAUUCUUUGGAUUCAGAGGACUGUCCAUUGAUCGGUGUACCAAGAGACAGAGAACUCACUAAUUAUCAAAUCAGUGAACAACGUAAUCAAACAUCUGAAGGUGAAGAAAAUGUAAUAUCAACACGAGGAAAUGAUAGCCAAGGCCGACCACCGUCUAGUAGAGUAUUAUCAGUAUCUUCUAGAGGUUUUGUACCUGUGAAUCAGUUAGCUGAAAAAGAUUAUGAAUAUUUAAAACAAAAAUUUCGUGUGUAUCCUAAAACAAUGGGAACAAUCGCGAUAUUUUAUUCUUUACCUGUAAUUCAAUUGGUUCUACAAUAUCAAGUGAAUAUCGAUUCGAUUGGAAAUGAAGAUAUUUGCUACUUCAAUUUUUUAUGUACACGUCAAUUUGCUAUGUUAACAGCAUUUAAUAAUGUUUUCUCUAAUAUUGGCUAUUGUGCACUUGGUGCACUCUUCUUUAUUAUUGUUUAUCGAAGAGAUAAUGCGUAUACUCGAUUUAUUACGAAAAACCCAGACAUAAGCAAAGAGUUGGGCAUUCCACAAUAUUUCGGUCUUUUCUAUGCUAUGGCCAUUGGCUUAUUUAUGGAAGGUGUUAUGAGUGCAUGUUAUCAUGUAUGCCCAUCGAGACAAAAUUUUCAGUUCGAUACAAGCUUUAUGUUUAUAAUGGCUGUUUUAAAUAUAAUUAAAAUUUACCAACUAAGACAUCCAGAUAUUAAUCCACAUUCCGCUGGUGUAUUUUCAUUUCUAGCUGGUAUUAUUCUUGUUACAGUUGUCGGCGUCUACUAUGAUAAACAAUGGUUCUGGAUAAGUUAUGCUAUUGUACAUAUCAUUACUUGUUUAAUAUUUACAGCUAAAAUUUAUUAUAUGGGACGAUUGAAAAUUUCCCUCGAUUUCCCUGUUAAUUUAUGUAAACUCGUCCGACAACAUGGUAUUUUCUCUCGGCCACGAUAUUUAAGUCGAAUGGUAAUACUACUUAUAGCUAAUCUUAUUAAUAUUGGAUUUGCCUUAUUUGGAGCUAUUACGCAACCUGAGUCGUUUCCAAACCAUCUCCUAUUCGUUUUUCUUGGCAACUUAGCGAUUUGUUUAGUCUAUUAUAUUAUAAUGAAAGUAAUUCAUCAAGAAGCGUUUACACCUUUGGCUGUAGCAUAUCUGGUGUCAUCUUUAUGUUUUUGGGCAGCAUCUCUAUACUUCUUCUCUCAUGAAGUUAAAAGUUACGAAGUUCAACCGGCUAUAUCAAGAACUUAUAAUCAACGAUGUAUUGUACUGAACACAUAUGAUGCACAUGAUAUAUGGCAUUUACUAUCUUCAUUCGGUCUAUUCCUUUCAUUUCUAUCCAUACUAACAAUUGACGAUGGUGUACGAACAAAAGAACGCCAGGAGCUAGCAGCUUUUUAA